AUUUCAUCCGAUCUGAUUCGCUUGAGUCAACAAAUUAAAUCGGCAGAACGGGAAAUUGCACAUUAUAGUGACGAGCUGGAUAAAGCCAAUAAAAAACAUGAAGAUACUGCAUCCGAAGGCGGGGAUACAUCUGUGACGUUCCUGAAGAAAACUCAGAUAGAGAGAAAGUUGAGCUACUGGAUACAGAAAUGGAAAAAUAUGAAGAAUCAGUAUGAACUGGCUUAUCAAGGCUCUUCAUAUAAAAGCAGGAGACUUCAAGUCUAUAUUUACCGACAGCCUAAGUGGGCAGAGUGGAGUCCGUGGAGCAAGUGCUCGGUGGAUUGUGGGGAUGGUGGAUUCAGCGUCCGCAGACGGGAGUGUUUUACCCUUCCUCAUCUUGACUGCCCGGGUGCUGGAUUUGAUAUGCAGCCUUGUAGCACUGGGAUCAAAUGUGAAGCGCACUUUCAUGAUUGGGGAGAAUGGGGUCCAUGCUCAGUCACCUGUGGCAAGGGAGUCAGAGCCCGCAGCCGAGUCUGUGUUACAGGCGACAGGGAUAUGAAAUGCAGGGGGCCAUCAACCAUGCUGGAAAAGUGCACGUCCCCUAAGUGCAAGCCAAAGCCAGUGACUGCAGCACCCAAAGUGCCAGCACCCAACGUUGCUCCAGUCCUGGCAGCGCCCUCUGUGGCCUAUAUCUUGAGUCCUGGAAUUGCUGUGGGGUCCGGCGUCUAUCCAGUGGCCCAGCCUGCUUAUGAGCAACAGCCUGGUGGUCAGGUCGUGGCUGUGCCAGAGUUCGGAGCCAGCCAGUAUCAGCCACAUAGUUUCCGGGCCGGUGGGGCUGCUGGGUUCGGAGCUGUUGCUGCAGGUGGGGCCGCGGCAGUGGCUGCAGGAGCCGUUGGUGCAGGAGCAGUUGCUGCAGGAAGUGGGGGAGCGGCUAAAGGUCCUCUGUCAAAGGUCACAGUUGUGGAGACUGGAAGUGAAGGAGGGCCGUAUGUAAUCACACAUCAUGGACCAGAAAAUCCAGAAGAAGAACAGACCGUAUCACCGGAGACCAUACUUUUCAUCAUUCUGUUUCUCUUGUGCCUCCUACUGCUGAUCAUUGCCUUCUGCAUAUAUUUUUAUCAAAGAACAAGUGACUCUAGCGCACAGAAGAAACUGAAGGAUGCUCGGCCGUUUUACAAGCAAGAUCCCGGAGAUGAUGAUGACUUAGAUAAACAGCCUGCGCCAGGGCGGGUCAAAGCAAUCAUGAGACCCGGCUUUGGCUAUUGCACAG